AUGUCUGAAUUAUUCAUACAAGUUGAUGUUCAAUUAACACGAAUAUUUGUUCCAAUUAUUAUUAUACUUGGUGUAGUAAGUAAUUUACUCAAUAUUAUUUUACUUACAAGACGAACUUUAAUUAAUCAUUCUUGUUCACUGUAUUUUAUUGCAUUAGCAAUUACAAAUCUAUUCUAUUCUAGUUUUUUACUUAUCUGUAAUCUAUUAGCUGAUGGUUAUGAUCUUGAUCCAGCUAAAUAUUUAACAAUUUUUUGUAAAAUUCUUAGUUAUCUACUUAAUUUUUGUCCAACUUUAUCAGUUUAUUUUAUUGUUCUUGCUACAAUUGAUCGAUAUUGUGCUAGUUCAAUAAAUGCCCAAACACGUAAUUUAAGUAAUAUUCGAAUAGCUCGAUGGACAAUUGGAAUACUUAUUUUCAUACUUGCCGUAUUUUUCAUUGGUGCAUUAAUAGCAUUUGAUAUAUCAUAUAAUGAAGAAUUUUCAUGUAUCAUUCGAUCUGAUAUACUUUUCAAUCGAAUUUUUCUUAUUGUUAAUUUAAUUCUUUAUACGAUUAUUGCACCAUUUCUAAUGAUAUUCUUUGGUUUACUAACAAUUUAUAAUACGAAACAAGUUCGUUUUCGACCGGUUAAAAUUUCACGUUAUCGUCGAACAGAAGGUCAACUUUCUCGUAUGCUUUUAUUUCAAGUUGGUACGCAUAUUGUUCUUACUUUACCAUUUUGUAUAACAUUUUUUAUGUUAAUUCUUCCUAUACAAAUACGAUUUACUAGUUAUUUUUCAAUUGUUUUUGUUAUUUGUAAAUUACCAUUUUAUUUAACUGUAACAACAGCAUUUUUCUUAUAUAUUCUAUCAGCUCGUGUGUAUAGAAAUGAAUUUAUUCGAUUGAUGAAGAAAAUAUUUCACGCUCGUCAUAGUCGUUAUUAA